GGAAAACUCCACCCACUGCUGGGUGUCAUCCCGCGUCCAAACGUGUCAAGGAGCAAAUCAGCUUGGACACAGGCUGGGAAGCAUCAGAGCGCACUGGACAGUAGGUUGGAUUAUUCUAAGACAAGACAUCCAGAGAAAAACCAAACUAGUGAUAAAGCUGCGGUGUUUAUUGCGUUUAGUGACUUUAAAAGUAUGCAGAUACGUUUACCCUACAGGUAUCAACGUGGCGUAAAAGUGUAAUCCAACCACAGUCGUGCGUAAAAGUUGAUUUUUCCUGUGGAGACCAUGCGCAGCUUUUCGGGGCUGUGCGUCCCAGGCGAGGUACCGCAGGCCUUUCCAACGGGAGUCCGGGAUGUGGCCGGUCACGGGGCUAUCUUGGCCGGACCCUCGCUGUUCUCAGCCAUCGCUUUAUCCUCCCGAGGAUCAUCAGAUCCCAGUUUGGAUGGCAGCGCAGAACCGAUGAUUCACACGUCGCCAACGGAACAGUCUCUGAUUUUGUGCAGGCCUCCCGAGAUUCUGGAGGGAGGGGAAGUGCCAGAGGAUGAGCCGAAAGUUUAUCUGGAAGCCAGCGACCUUUGGAGACAGUUCCACAAAUGCGGCACUGAAAUGGUCAUUACAAAAUCUGGGAGGCGCAUGUUUCCACCGCUCAAGGCCAGGUGCACCGGGAUGGACAGAAAAGCCAAAUACAUUCUCCUGAUGGACAUCGUGACGGCGGAUGACUGCAGGUAUAAGUUUCAUAACUCCCGCUGGAUGGUGGCGGGAAAGGCGGACCCGGAGAUGCCCAGGCGCAUGUACAUCCACCCGGAUAGCCCGGCCACAGGCGAGCAGUGGAUGUCUAAAGUGGUCAACUUCCACAAACUGAAACUGACCAACAACAUAUCGGAUAAGCAUGGAUUUACAAUUCUCAACUCGAUGCACAAAUACCAGCCACGAUUUCAUAUAGUGAAGGCAAAUGACAUCCUGAAGCUGCCUUACAGCACCUUUAGGACAUAUGUCUUCUCCGAGACAGAGUUCAUCGCAGUGACAGCUUACCAAAACGACAAGAUCACUCAGCUGAAAAUAGACAAUAAUCCUUUCGCGAAGGGAUUCCGAGACACGGGCAACGGACGACGGGAAAAAAGGAAACUACAACAUUCAUCACAAAAGUCUAAAGAGAUGCGGAUGACUGAAUCUGAACAUCCUAAAGAUUCAUCUGCACAAUAUUCAGACAAUUUCAAAUCUUCAGAUGCUCGUGAAAGUGACAGUGACAAAGAUGACAAUGCUGAGGACAAUCCUGGACAAGAGGUGCACAAAACCCACCGAGAAUCCGAAACAGAGCCAACGGUUUCCUUAACAGAAAGGACAGCACAGACUCCAGCUGGGACACACAGACAGAUUAGACUUAGCCACUUAACUGAUGGAGCGGGUCGCUGUGAGCCACAAGACUCAGAGAAGGAACAAUUGUGCAAAUCAUGCAGCGAUUUCCCACACAGCUGCGUUUAUCCAUCGGAAUUACACAAACAUCUGCUGGAUCCAAGUAUCCCCAACGGCCUCCGCCCCUCAGCCCAGGUGAACACCUGGAACCGCUGUGCCACUGUGGACAGAACAGUGCUGUGUGGACUGAACAUGGCAGCAACUGUCAGGGCUCCAGGGACUCCGGGGUUUCCCAUCAACUUUCAGCAGCACCCGCUGGUACAGGACCUGGUGAGCCUUUCACACUUUGGAGGAUUUCUGUUUUAUCCCUACUCCACCUUCUCUGCAGCAUCAGCCCAGUACCUCGUCCCACCGGGGCACUCUCGAGUGGGUUUCAGAACCUAUGCAAGCACCCACAGCCGGGACUACUUCACCUCUCCGAUGAUAUCUUCAUCUGUUCCUCCUGUGGGUGGUGAUGAUGGGUUGAAAUAUCUGACCCCUCAUUUGCUAAUGGCACCCAAAACAGACCAGAAGAACUCAGUGGAUGAAGCUGACAUUGACUGCAGUCAAGACGAGUCACAAACAGGGUGAAAUUACUGACUUGAAAGCAGUUGCUGCUGCUCUUAAGUGUCCCUGCAUGUGGUCUGCCCAUUUCCCACCUACAGUUCAGAGUCUAAAGGCUGUUUUCUCAUGGGAAUGACACUAAACGUAUGUACUGGUAAAGUCUCAUAGAUCUGCAUCUUAUUGACAACAUUGCUAACUGAAUCACUGUGGUGCAAAGAGCAUUUUAUUCCGACAAAUGUAACUUGUACAAUGUAAAUGAACAACAUAUUAAAGGUCCAGUGUGUAACAUUUAGGAGGAUCUAUUGUCAGAAACAGAAUAUAAUAUAGAAUAUGUUGUCUUAGAAUGAGCUGUUCAUAUCUACAAAGGGAGUAGGUCCUCUUUUACAGAGGCCUCCAUGUUGAACCACCAUGUUUCUACAUGGUGGUUCCAAACACUGGCUCUAGAUAGGGCCUUUGGCAUUCAUGAGUUUUGUGGCCACUGUAGUUUCUUCUACACACCUGGAAGGCUGAGCUGUAUCCAACUUCAUCGCUAGAUGCCACUAAAUACUACACACUGGACCUUUAAGUUGUGAUUUUAUUGAAAUUAGGUGCUGCUUGGUGGAUUAUAGAGAUGUUGAGUUAACGGCACAUUUGAACCCAGAAACAUUUAACUGACACAUUUCUGAGUUAAGUUUGGCGUAUUAAAUAACAAUAGAGCUAAGUAAAUUACUCAUUAAAAACAAAAACGUUGAACCAUAUGAAGAUUGUUCCAUGCUUUUUUAACAGUGAAACUGUUAAAAGUUAUUAGACAACUUUUGUAAGGUAUAUUUAUUUGAUCAAAUUAGAUUGAAAGUGACCAACAACCCAUUAUUUGCAACAGAGCCCCGCCCACUUCAAAUCAGUGAGAGGAGCACAGACAAAAACAGAAAUAC